AAUAAUAGUCUAGGUUAUCCAUUUACUUUAUUUUGUAUAUAACACAUUUUCUUUUAAUAAUUAUACUUUUACAAAAGUAAUAUCAUGCAAUCUGUUCAUUGUAGGAUUAUUUAUAUAACCGAAUAAUGAAUCGAAAAAAAAAAUAAUUUAACAAUGUGAUAAUUACCAUGUAUAUUUAAAAAAUUAAUUUUAUCAUAUACAAUUAAAUACCCCCCAUGUAGGCUAAACCUCUAAAGUAGCGUGGCUAUAGAAGCAUUAUAUACCUUACCCGAGUAUAGGUGCAAUAGUUGUUAAAAAAUUUAUUUUUCAAACUAUAGCUUUAAUGUAUUGCAAUACAAAAUACUAGUUACUACUUAUAACUGUACCGGGACUCAAGACACAAGAUUCAAUUUUACCUAAAAUACUUGUAAGAUACUGCCAAACCCUGACUAUAUAUUAAACAAUAAGUUGUUUUUAAGUAUAGCCUAACUUAAACAAGCUCAUUAAACAUUUCAAAUAUCUUUGUACGGUUAGUAUCUUGAAAGUUGUAUUUAGAUACUUAAUGUACUCUAUACUUUAUAACGAGAUACUAUUAUUGUGGUAUCUAAGUACCUUGCUCAAUCCUGAAAACAUUGUAACACAGUAGUACCAGUUUUUCAUGUUUUUAUGCAAAACACAUACAUAAUGUUUAAUCCAAACAUGAUCUUGUUAACAAUUGAGCAAGACAUGGCUAAUUUUCUGACAGUGUUGUCUUACAUUCUGCAAAACUAAUUAAUAACUAAGAGGUUACUACCGAUACGGGAGACUAACAAUAACACAUUAACACAAUUGGAAGGUCUAACAUUUGAUGUAUAACCUUGGUGAAUAUAAUAGUUUUAAAUUAAAAAUAAUAAUGGUGUUUUAUUUUUUCAUGUAGUUCAAGCGUAGAAGAUAUUGUUUCAUUUCUGCCAACCAGAAGUACAGAUACAUCGCCAAUUUGUAUUAUUGAUAUUUCUUUAAGAAAUUGAAACUAGAUAUCAUGGAGAACAUUCACAGAUACAACAAGGAGCAAUUCUUCUUUUAUGAACUUCUAAAAGAUAUCCAAGAAGAUAUUCAUUAUUCAAAUGAUAAACCGGGCAAAGUGUACAUAACUUUAACAGAACAUUUGAAUAAUGUGAAUGGCAGAGUACCUGAAAAAUUUACAGCAAGAGAACUCGUCGACAUGGAAGAAUGUAUAAGAGACGCAGUGAAAGAUCUGACGGAUCUUGAUCUUAACACUUACCUUUGUACUGGAGUUGUUAUUCUAUCAGAAUAUUUAGAUUCUCCAGAGGAUAUGUUUGAUUAUAUUGGGAAAAAAAUGAGAGGCUUGUAAUUUGUAAUCACAACUUAUUAAAAAGUGAUUUUUCAUCAUUUUCUUCAUCUAUAUGAUUUGCAGUUAAAUAGCCAAGUAGGUUUUAUACAAAAGUAUCAAUUUCUGAACAAUGAUAAUUAAUCAUUCACAAAACUGAAAACAGGGGGCUACACUUUUUAUCAGAAAAAAUACAAUAAUAAUUUUGGUAAGUAGAUAAUUUCAUAAUAGAUUAUAGAUAACUAUAAAAAUUAGAAGUAAUGACAAUAUUAACAAUUUGAUUUAUAACUUAAAUUGUUGGACUUUAAGACAUUUGAAAUAUUUAUUAUACAAAAAAAUAUAUUUUUUAUAUAACAUAUCCAAAUAGGGAUGUAGUCACUUAGUAAACCUAACCUUAGUCACCCUUCCCUGGAUCAGUACCUGCAAUUAAACAGUUAAUAGAAUGGCAUUAGUAAAAAGCCAGAGUAUAAAAUUAAGUUUUAUAAUAAUAUGCUAAAUUUUAAUCAGAGAAAAAUUU